AUGUCGGCCGGUAAUCGAACACAGUCCCAACCUGUGGACAAACUAGCUCUUGGCCGCCAGAUGGUGAGGAAAUUUGUAGGAGACAAACACGUCGAUGCAGUCGCGGCAAGCAUGAAAAGGGACUAUUUCUCAGCCGUGAGCGAAGAAUUCAUCUCCGAGGUCUGCUGGUCCGGAUACGCUCGGCCGGGCUUGGAGUUCAAGGAGCGCGCGCUGAUGAACAUCGCCAUGUUGACGGCGUUAGGCAGAGGGCCCGAGUUGCGCAUCCACAUACGAUGCGCCGUCUACAAUGGUUUCACGGAGGAAAAGGUUGCUGAGGCAUGCCGCCAUGCCAUGGUGUACUGCGGUGUUCCCGCCGGCCGAGAUGCGCUUAUCAUCGCCAGCGAGGUCUUUCAGGAAUUGAGGGAGUCUGGGGAUUAUCUGCCCAAAUCAGACACAGAUCCCUAG